CCCUCCUGACGGAAAGGAGGCGGAGUAGCCGGCGCCGGUGGGUGGUAGGCAGGCAGGCAGGCAGGCAAGCGGAAUAGCUGCCUCCUGUUUUGCGGCGGUCUGAAAGAGGAGCCGAUCUUGCAGCUUGAAUACCAAACAGGAAGGUUUGCGAGCUUUCAGGAGCAGCCAUGCCGAAACAUGAGUUCUUUGUAGACAUGACCUGCGAAGGAUGCUCCAAUGCUGUCACCCGUGUUCUCAACAAGCUGGGAGCUGUACAGUUCGAUAUUGAUCUGCCCAACAAGAAAGUGAGUAUAGAAUCAGAACAUAGCAUUGAUACCUUGUUGGAAACACUGAAGAAAACUGGGAAAAAUACCUCCUACCUUGGAGACAAGUAACGGCAGAGGAAGAUGGCUUGUCUGGUGGGCUACUAUGCUGCAGGAAAGCAACCAUAACAUGGCUUCAGUAUGAAGGCAGAUGUUUUCACUUCUGUUAGUCUCCUUCCUUUGACCACAAUUGCCCUUCCAGAUGCAGGAGAAGAGAGGAAGGGUGGGAAGACAAGAUGCUUUGUGGAGGAAGGACUAAAAUACAUUUUAACCAUAGCUGUCUGAAUCUCCUCCUACAAAUGUAGAGCUUAUGCAUCCUUCUUUUUGAGCCUUGUAAUAAAACAAGGGGCUGCUUCUAUUUUCAAGUAAA